GACGUUAGGAGGUAGGGACGCAGACACGGAUACAAGUGCGCCAUAUUGGAAAGGAAUGACACGGUUUAAACUGAUUCUGGUAUGACGCGUGUAUAUAAGAACCACGAGAGUUUCAGAGUGACACACGAUCGUGAUCCAUCUGUGUUACUCCGAGAUGCCGAACAGCAGCAGUGCGGCAGUGAAGGCGAAGAGGAGCAACAGGAGACGCAGAGCACCGAGAGAAGAUCCGGCUAGAAACGAGCUGGUGUCCAACUCUCUCCAAAGCGCACAGCAGUGUCUCCUCCAGCACGAUUACGGCACCGCCUUCGUCCACUUCCUUCUGGCGCUAAACCUCGCUCCAGCUCUGAAAGAUCCGGCAAGAGAUUCAUUCAGGUUCACGCUUCAGAAGUGGGCUGAUGAGCUGGACGGCGUGGGUCGUGUUCAGGAGCUCUUCGACUGCUACGAACAAGCGCUGGAGUUGUUUCCUAAAGACGAGGUGAUCGUCAACAGCAUGGGCGAGCAUCUUUUCAGGAUGGGUUUCAGGGACGAGGCUGCAGCACAUUUCUACAAAGCCCUGAAACUGAAGCCGGAUUUCCCCGAAGCCAAGGAGAACUUCUACAGGGUGGCUAACUGGCUGGUGGAGCGCUGGCAUUUCCUGAUGCUUAACGACAGCGGCCGCAACCGCAAGUACCAGCUGGCUAUACAGAGGGCGGUGCAGGACGGCUGCGGAACCGUCCUGGACAUAGGAACAGGCACGGGCAUCCUCGGGAUGUGCGCAAAGAAAGCAGGCGCGAGGGACGUGUACGCCUGCGAGCUUUCUAAGACCAUGUACGAGCUGGCGUGCGAGGUGGUGUCGGCCAACAGCAUGGCCGAGAGCAUCAAGAUCCUACACAAGAAAUCACUGGACAUGGAGAUCCCGAGAGACAUUCCCAACAGGGUGUCUUUGGUUGUGACAGAAACGGUGGACGCCGGACUGCUCGGGGAGGGAAUCAUGGAGAGUUUGAUACACGCCUGGAAGCACCUGCUCCUACCACCACCUACCGCUGAAGAUGUCCCGCUGUCCAAUCCAUCCCAAACGGGUCGAGUCAUACCCGCCGGCGCCACCGUGUAUUGCAUGGCCGUGGAGUGCCAUGAGAUCCGCAGACACCACAGGCUGUGCGUGAGUACAGUAGGAGGACUGGACCUGGCCACAGCAGGACAAAUCCGAAGUCCCGUGAGAUGCUCGGGGGACGCAGACGAGUCGUCCGAGCCGUACACUACGGAGAGACUGAGCCGUCUGCCGGGAGGCUUCACCGCCCUCACAGAGCCCUGUAGAGUGAUGCACAUAGACUUCAACAACCCACAGGAGCUGGAGGGUCUGAGUCUGAGGGAAGCUGCUCAGCUGCAUGCCCACGUGAUCCAGGAUGGAGACGUUGACGCUCUGGCCUUGUGGUUUGAGCUACACCUGGACCAAGAGAACAGCAUCUCAACUGGCCCGGACGAAGACACGUGCUGGGAGCAGGCCAUCUACCCAGUUUUAUCUCACUAUGGUGUGAAGCGAGGUGAUGAACUGCUGGUGGAAGCUUCCUGCAGAGAUGCUUAUUUGAGGUUAUCCUGCACCGGAGUAAUGAGCAGAAACCAAACGAUCCGUAUCAGCAGCAUGGAUAAAGCUGCCUCUGCUGAAGCUCCUCCUUUAAAUCCUGAACUGGAGCUCUGCAGCGCUCUGGCCGGCCUCCAGACGCACCAGGACGUUCCGGCUCCGUCCUUUACCUUGGAGUGUUCUGAAAUCGCUCUUCUCAACAACACCAACUAUCACGAGUGCUUCCGGAAAGCAAUGGCCAAGCUUUUGUCCUUCUUCGAGUCACGUAAGUCAGAGGUCAAACAGGAAUCUUGGUCCUCGUCGGGUCCGCUAUACGUGCUGGAUGUGUCGGAAGGUUUCUCCGUGCUCUCGCUGAUAGCAGCGCGAUUAGGUCCGGUGCGAGCGUACAGCUCGGUGGAGAAGCAACAGCACCGGGCUCUCCUCCAGCUCCUGGCCCGGGAAAACGGAGUGCACAAGGACGCUCUGGAGUUCUGGCUCGGCCACGUGAUGGACGAUUCGGCUGUGCUACAGAAGCCUGACUCAGAAAAGCUGUGGAGCGCCAUCGUGCUGGACUGCAUAGAGAUCUGUGGUCUGCUCAGACAAAACCUCAUGGAGAAGGCCACCCUAGCUAGGUGUCUCCUGGAGGAAGGUGGCCGCAUUUUCCCCGAACGCAUCGUGAUCCACGGCAUGCUGGUGGAAUCGGACACGCUGCUCCAGGAGAGCGCCGUGCAGGGAACAGAACCCACGUUGGGCUUCAACAUUGCUCCUUUUAUCAACCAAUUCACUGUGCCUGUUCAUGUGUUUUUAGAUCUGUCCACACUGGAGUGCAGACACCUCAGCGACCCGUCCGAGUUGUUCGUCCUCGACCUCAUGAACAGUACCAACAACUACACCAACAGAGACGUCCGGGUUAGAGUGAACGCCUCAGGCAGGGUGACAGCCAUCCCCUUGUGGUACCACGUCUACCUCGACUCCGACACGUGCGUGAGCACGUUCAGGUCGGAUUCACACUGGAAGCAGGUAGCCGUGAUCCUCCAGCGCCCUCUGGUGGUGAAAACAGGUGACUGGGUCAGGCUGAGUGUCCAGUUUCACAAGAGCAGCAUCUCCAUAACAGCCAUCAAAGAGCUGGAAGAGGAGGAGACUGGAGAACAUUAAGGGAAAGGAUGGGAAAGGGCUUGACCGAGUAAUCCUUCAUACAGAAAAGAGAGGCAUUAUGAUAUGGUCCAUAUUUACUUAAGUCUGUAAAGGAAUCUCUUAAAGGAGCGCUGUGUCUUUUUACAGCCCUUAAUCAUGUACAUGAUGUGGAAUGCAAUGCAUAAACACUGACUUUCCCUUUCUGCCCAUCUGAAAGGGUCAGGACUAAAUUCAGGUUCAGGAAAACCUGAAAAAGAAGAGAAAUGAAGAAGCAUGCCACAUUCUCUGCAUGCCAGGAACAUUACAAUUAUAUAACUAUUACAAUCUUUAAAUCACUUUUUUAAAAUUAAAAUACAGACUUUUUUUUUUUACACCGAGACUGUAUUUAUCAUGUGCUUUUAAAUGAAUGUUAAAAGUACGGUGGCCUGUAAGUGCAAAAGCAAUGAAACACAAACUAAAAACGUAGCCAGGGAACCGGUGACCGCAGUCAUGAUCGCUAAACAGAAAGGGGCGGUCCUUAUUAAACGUAUGCUUGUUGCUGAUUGGUUACAGCACGCAUCUGUCUGAGAGCUUAAAUCUACUAAUGCUUUUAGUCCUGUUUAAUCAGGAUCAUUUUUAUCAAGGGCAUAUCAUACAAUAUGUGGUAUUUCAGAUACGCUGUCAAGUCUGAUCCACAGCCAGCAUGCGAUAUGCUAAAAGGACCGCCCCUUUAAUUUUAGCGUGGACGUGUUUUUGCACGUAGGAAUGUUUUGUAACCCUCAAUACCAGUGGGAUCAUUAAACAACCAGCACAUUGACCAGUU